CGGGCUCCAAGAUGUACCACAACAGUAGCCAGAAGCGGCACUGGACUUUCGCCAGUGAGGAGCAGCUGGCACGACUGCGGGCUGACGCCAACCGCAAAUUCAAAUGCAAAGUGGUGGCGAACGGGAAGGUGAGGAUCCCGGCGGCUGCUCCCCCUAGCCAGCGUCCUAAACCCGGAGCAGCUGCGGGCGUCUCCGAGGCUUGCCGCACAGCCUCACUCCCUCCCGCCUCCGUCUUAGCGAUGUGCGGUGCGUUUAUCUAUUUAGUUACAGGCGAGGACGUUACCAGGUGCUAUGAGUACAGAGACGAACAGCGCCAUCCCUGUAGCAGAAGGGCAGACAGACAAGUAACCUUUGUAACGUGGCGAAGAGACCGAGCCCGCCACUUGUCCUGAGGGAAUGUCGGGGAGGGCUUCUACUAGUAGCUGAGGAAGAGAAGAUGGGGAGAGUGCAUUGCAGGAGGACGGAGCCACUGAUGCAAAAUGGAAGGAAGAAGUUGCAGGGUUCUCCCAAAUGACCCCGUCUUUCUUGAGCCUCAUGAAGAGAUGGCACUCUGCAAAUACUAUGAAAAAAGAUUAUUGGAAUUCUGUUCAGUGUUUAAGCCAGCAAUGCCAAGGUCUGUUGUGGGUACAGCUUGUAUGUAUUUCAAGCGUUUUUAUCUUAAUAACUCAGUAAUGGAGUACCACCCCCGAAUAAUAAUGCUCACUUGUGCUUUUCUGGCCUGCAAAGUAGAUGAAUUCAAUGUAUCUAGUCCGCAAUUUGUUGGAAAUCUUCGGGAGAGUCCUCUUGGACAGGAGAAGGCGCUAGAACAGAUUUUGGAAUAUGAACUUCUACUAAUACAGCAACUUAAUUUCCACCUUGUUGUCCACAAUCCUUUUAGACCAUUUGAAGGCUUCCUCAUUGAUUUAAAGACUCGUUAUCCCCUGUUGGAGAACCCAGAGAUUUUGAGGGAAACAGCUGAUGACUUUCUUAACAGAGUUGCACUGACAGAUGCUUACCUUUUAUAUACACCUUCCCAAAUUGCUCUGACAGCCAUUUUAUCUAGUGCUUCCAGAGCUGGAAUUACUAUGGAAAGUUAUUUAUCAGAGAGUCUUAUGCUGAAAGAGAACAGAACUUGCUUGUCACAGUUACUAGAUAUAAUGAAAAGCAUGAGAAACUUGGUAAAAAAAUAUGAACCACCCAGAACUGAAGAAGUUGCUGUUCUAAAACAGAAGUUGGAAAGAUGUCACUCUGCUGAGCUUGCACUUAGUGUAAUUAUAAAGAAGAGGAAAGGCUAUGAAGAUGAUGAUUAUAUCUCAAAGAAACCCAAACAUGAAGAGGAAGAAUGGACUGAUGAUGACCUGGUAGAUUCUCUCUAACCUUUUGAAGUUGAUUUGUCAAUGCUAGCUAAUCAACAGAAGUAGUAAGCAUAGCUGGCAUUUAAUUUUAUUUUAAAAAUACAAUGUGAAAACAGCAAAAUGUAGUAAAAUUUUCUAUUCAUGGUAUUUUUAAAAGAAUUUUCCUUUCAGGGUAAUGUUAUGUGAAAAUAUGAUACCUUCAAAAGAGCCAAAAUAGCACAUGGUUUGGAUAGUUGUGCCCUACUAUGACUAAUAUCAAAUUAGUCUUUCUGUAGUAGCCAGAAUAAAGGUGUAAUGUAUUUGCCCUAUAUUCCCUUAAACAAAAUGCAAUUAUCCUUUUUGAAAGAUGGCACCACAGAAACCAAAAUUUAGUAGUGGGCUUCAAAUUUGUUAAGCAAUGUUUUUUGCUUAUACAUGGCUUCUUAUACCAUCUGGAUAUACUUAGAUUUGUGUGUUUCUGUUGGGCUCCAGAAUGCAAUAUACUUGUUGCAUGGCACUGAAAGCUAGUGAUCCUGUCUACUGAGUAUUUGUUUGCCUCAACUGGUUAUAUGAAAGCAUUUGCAAAUAGAUAACAAAAGAAAUCAAAUAUGUAGUCUUUGUAAUUGUCUAGAUAAAAAUCUUAAAUUGCUGUUGGUCAGUAGGUAGUAGCAGAUGACAUAAUUCAGGUUUAUAAUUAACUAUAGAUUUUAACCUAAUAUAGAUCACCUAUAAGUGAAGCCCUAUAAAUAGGUGUUAUAGUUACUACGCAUUUGUGUAGAUUUAACUAUCUUCAAGAAAUUUAAUUCAAGUUGAAAUUGAUAUAAAAAUAAAAGUUAAUGAUUCAUACAUAACUGUAUUCUACUAUCCGACCUUGAGCAAGUUCUUAAAUUUCCAUGCCAGUUUCCCAAGCUGAAAAUAGGGAAAAUAAUGCCUGCUUCUCAUAGGAUUAAUCACAGUAGUGCCUGUAUAUAUGAGUGAUCUUAUUACUCAUUUUCUAAAUUGGAAUCAGAUUGUGGAUGUGUGUAUAUUAAGCCAAAUUUUUUUUCUGGAAAACUGAACUGAAGGAAUUCUAAGAAACUUAACUACCCUAAAUUUAAUUACAUAUUAUGGAAACACAUACCCUCUUCGCUCCCAAUGCAUCUCAGACUGGGCUUUUCCAUAAGAUUGUAAGUACAAUUUUAAUUAGAUUUCGGUAUUUCCAGGUACUAUUUACAAUAGGCUUAUGCUUUUAAUAAUCCUUUGCAUUCUAGACUUGAGUUUUGCUUUUGUUUUUUCCAACUCAUACUGGGAUGAGAGGAAUGAAAUUAAAUAAAGUGGUAUUUUAUAAAAGUGAAGUGGGGAAAGGUAAAGUUAUAAUUGUUUAUUGUAGCCUAGGUUGAGUAGCAUUGUUGCUAGGCCAGACACAAUUGCAGAAUGUCAGCAAUUUAUCUCCUGUUUCCCAUCAGAUCACUCAAUUUUAGUACCGGAGCAAGGUCUUCAUUUAUAAUCUUUGAAAAUUUUCCUGUCCAAGCCCAGUAAAAAAAAAAAAAAAUGUUUGAGAGAUUUUAUUUCAACAUUGAUCAACUAGUAGGGCCUACAGAGGUAA